UGAAUGUAUUUUUGAAAGAAAAAUGAGUCUAAUUUUGUACGAUGACCGUUUAAUCAGUUUGAAUGGAUGGUAAAAUUUGAUCGGAUCUGUCACAACUCGUGUAUUUUAUAAAAGUAUAUAUAAUUUGUUUUUUAUGAGAAGAAAUACUUAGUUUUUUUGGAAAUACAUCUAAGUACUACUAGUAGUAAAACAAAAAAGGGAAAACGUGAGAAGAGAGAGGUAAAAAAAAAAAAAACAAAGAAAAACUGCCCCGCCACAAAAUCUUGUGUGUGUUUUUGAAGCUUGCUCAUUCGCGCGAAACGAAAGGGGAAAGCUCUUCGUUUCCCUCCCCCCGAAAACUGACCACAAGAAGAGGGGCCAGCCGAUCCGCCGGAUGCCGCCACCGCCGCCGACGCCAUGACCGCUGCCGCCGCGUGGCCGGUCUGCACCAUCUGCUACGAGGACAUCCGCCCGCUCUCCGACCAGCAUCUCCACUGCCUCCCCGCCUGCGGCCACGUCUUCCACGCCCUCUGUCUGGAGCAAUGGCUGGAGUACUCCCCGGGCGGGAAGAAGAAGCUCACCUGCCCCAUCUGCAAGCAGCCCUGCGGCGCCGCCCACCCUCCGACCCGCCUCUUCUUCCAGUCCACCGGUGCGUGCCCGACCCAGGCCUGCCCCUCCUCGCAGGACGCCUCUGAGGGCGCCGACCCGGAGGCGCUAGCCGCCGAGGUCGCCCGCCUGGAGCAGAAGGCGGCGUCCCUCGGCAGGGUGCUCGAGGAGCAGCGUGACGGAAUCAAAAAACUCAACGCCGAGGUUGCCAGGUGGAGGGAGCAGGCAGCGACGGCGGAUGCAAUGCGGGAUGCCGCAAGGAAGGAGAAAGAGUGUGUCCAGCUGCUGCUCAAUGCGAAAACAGAGGAGCUGUCGAGGAAGACGUCAGAGUGCGGGAGAUUGCAGGAGAGGAGCCUUGCGCUGGCGAAGGAGCUUGCUGCGCUGAAGCUGUCGACAGACAUGAACCUUCAGGAGGAAGAGAUCCUUAAGUUGGCGUCACUUGGUAACCAUGGAAACCUGGAGAAUGCGGUUGAUGUUCUAAAGAGAUCGCUUGCUAUGCGGAACAAGAGCUACAAAGAAUUGAUGGUCCAAUGCAAUGUUCUGGGAAGAUCAGAGUCUCGCAUGCAGCAGAAGCUUGAGAAGGCCAAAGAGCAUGUAAAAAAGUUGAAGGCAAGGUUACAGGAACUUGAGAAGGAACUAGAAGAAAAAGAAAAUGGUUUCAUAAGGGACUUGAGGUCUUCAAAGAAAUUUAAAUCAGACCAGACAAAAUCAGGGAAUAUCACAGCUAAUAAUGGUUCCCCUAACCCAAGUGCUGGAUAUGAAAAUCAAACAAUCAAGCUUGAUGAAGUGAUGCAGGAUCCGUGCAACGACAAGUCUAACUUGAACCCGUUAAAUCCUGAAGCUAAGAGUGAUCUGAAUUCAAAAGAUAACCUGGAUAACAAGAAUGCAGAUGUGAUAGACCUUGAUGCCGAUGAUUCUGUUUUCGGAGAUGAACACAAGACAGAACUUUCCGCCAAGCUGUUUGGGAACUAUGAUAAAACUUUGGAUUCCCGAGAUAAGUCCAAUCCUUGUCACAAUGAUAUCAUACAGUCCACAACGUAUGAAUGCAAGACCAUGCAUGUUGCAAAAGAAACAUCAACCUUUCAGGAGAACCUUACGAACAAACUGCAUAUUCUUCAAGAGAGUCCUAUUCUGAGAAGCAGUGAAGUGACAACUUCGACAUGGGGGAAAGAAACACUGACAAUUGAUGGCAUCUCCAAACAAGCAACUAGGCUGACUUCUGGCACUGGACCUCAGCAGAUUCACAACUUAAAUUCGCUUUCUGAUGAUUUCCAAACACCUGGAAUUCCUGGUGUGGGUGGAGCAAGAAAAGGCAUUGGCAAAUGGUGCAAAGGCUCGACAGUUCCUGGAUCUGCAAGUGCAAAAGCAAACAGAGGCAAUCUGAUCGCUGUAGGACCGGAUGGGCGUGGAGGGAAGGUCAAAGUUCUGAGAGAUCUCGGCCGAUUCCAAGAUAGCAACUCUCAAGCACUGUGGCCAAAGGCGCAGAAGCUUGGAGGCAAAGGCGGCCAAUCUCAGAUAGAUCAUUUCUUUGGCAAGAGAUGAUCCUGCUGAAGAAUAUAUGCCUCUGAUGUUGUCAUCAAAUUAUUCGAAGAGUAUCUGUUGCCAUGCAUCUGUGCUUAUCUAGGUCCCGCAACAGGUUCCUGGAUAACUGAAUCCAAAUUUUGCAGUGGUUAAGUCUUGGGCCUGAGACUACAGAACAUGUACAUAAUCUUUCCGCCAGAAACCUGAAUUUCUCUUGGUCUCGUGUGUACCGUGUACACGCAUUGCGUACUGUAAAAUUCGAAGGGGUAACAACAUUUCAUGUUUCAGCUGAUUCAGA